AUGGCCACUACGGAAGAUCUUCUGCACAGAGUAUCAGCACUUGAGGAAGGGAAGCAUCGGCAGAGCUAUGGAAACGGUCCAAGCAGCGAGAUAUAUGUGGUCCCUGACGGAGGUGUCAAGGCAUGGCUGCAGGUUCUUGCGGCCUUCUUUGUUUAUUUUACUACGUGGGCAUUGACGGACUCCUUUGGCGCGUAUCAAACAUUCUACGAGAAUGGGGACCUCUUCUCUGCCUCGUCCUCUAGCAUAGCUUGGAUCGGCUCGACCCAGGCGGCUAUACUCCAAACCGUGGGCCUCAUAUCUGGAACUCUAUAUGACAGGGGUUACUUCCGGUCACUCCUGUAUACAGCAUCGCUAGUGGUUAUCCUCGGUCAAAUGAUGCUUAGUCUCAGUCAUACCUAUUAUCAGGUUUUCCUUGCCCAGGCAGUUUGUAUGGGUCUGGGUGCGGGCCUGGUUGCUGUUCCUGGCAUCACGAUUCUAUCUUCAUACUUCGACAGACGGAUUGAGUUUGCAAUCGGCAUUGCCUCCACAGGUAGUGGUAUUGGGGCUACCAUCUACCCUUUUAUGUUCCAUCGCAUCAUCACGCGGGUUGGCUUCGCAUGGUGCGUCCGAGCCAUAGGGCUACUCAUGUUUAUCGCCAUGUUGGUCCAAGUACUAGUGCUUCGACCUCGACCGCGCCCAAAAAAACUGUCCAGAGCAAAUAUCAUCGACUGGGCGGCAUUCAGAGAGCCGGCAUACGUUGCGUUUCUGCUAGGAGUGACCACCUGUACACUUUCGCUGAACAUCCCAGAUUAUUAUAUCCAGCUUUACGCCAUCAGGAAUCAUAUCACAGGCGGGGAUUUCGGCUUCUACCUUCUCUCAAUCCUCACCACAGGCUCGGUUUGCGGUCAAGUGAGUCUAAGCUAUUUGGCCGAGAAGAUCGGCCCGUUCAAUGUCCUUUCCUGCAGUAUCGCUAUCUGUGGCGCCCUCUGCUUUGCUCUGAUUAACCUUCAGAGUAUGCCGGGUUUGAUAGUGGUUAUUACUACUUAUGGCUUCGUAUCUGGUGCACAUAUGUCGCUUGCACCGACGUGUUUUGUGAAGCUGUCUCCUACCAAGGAUGUGGUCGGUACUCGUUUGGGAAUGGGGAUGGCCGCCACAGUGGUGGGGACUCUCGUUGGGCCUCCCAUAGCUGGGGCUAUUCUGGAUAACGUGGGAUUUAAUUCCGUGUGGGUGUAUUCGGGCACGGUAUCGAUUGCUUCUGGGUUGAUAUUUAUGCUGAGUCGUGGGUUUCACGGGGGUUGGAGGGUUUGGGCAAGGGUAUGA